AUGCGUCGUCUUCGUUCAAUGUUUACUUCUAGAGAAAGGCAUGGUGGACAACAUACAAUUUCCCCCCAAUCUUCAGUUGAAGACGAACAACAACGUUCUACUAGCCCAACAACCCCUUCAAAUUCUUCUCAAAAUUCUUUCGAUUUUUUUGUUGACGAUUUAAUAAAUAAAAAGUGGAGUGAUGAAAGUUGGGCGAUGAAUGUGGAUUUUGCUUCAGAUCCGUCUGCAUGGGAGAAUCAAUUUGGCUUUACUUGGAAGAAAUUGGAGGGACUUUUGAAUAAAACUAGACGUGAUAAAAAUACAAUUUUGAAGGUCAACGAGCAUUUAUCUAUUUUGUGUAAAUUAUUAGUUAUGGAAGUCAAUUCCCAAGCAGAACCUAGUAUUGGCCCAAUUUUAGAACAAUUCUUUACGGAAUCAAUUCUUAUGUUGGCACACAAUUGGAUGGUGCAAGUUUCCCCUUUUUAUGUGCAGUCUUGUCAGGUUCUUCUUUUACAUUUAUACGAAAAUAUGGUUAAUUGUUGUCAAUGUCCACAAUCUUUACUUGUACAUAAGCCUAUACUUGUUCCUUUAUUACAACUUUUGCAAUGGUGUAAACAAUCUUUUAAUGUUAGACAUUCUACAAAAAUACAAAAAUAUCCAAAUUCUGUUGUUAGUAAUUGCUUGUUAAAUUUAAUUAAUCAGAUUUUUCGUCAAAUAGCAGAACACGAAACUCUUUUACACUUCUUUUUUGAUUCCUCAUUAAUUUUAAAUGAAGAUUGGGCAAUAAUAGAAGGAAGUAAUUCUCCAAAAAACGAAGCAAUUUUACUAAAUGAACAGAAUUUACACAAACCUUUUUUAAUUUUUGAUAUGCUAGUCCCCUAUCUUUAUGGACCUGAAUUUACUAGCCAAAUUGCUAGAGAUGCUUUGUUGUUAAUUAUGUCGGCUUCUAGCAAAAAUGGAUUUAUUGCUGAACAUAUAAUUCAAAAGGGAGAUUUAUGUCAUGUAAUGUCUGCUGGUCUUUCUGCUUGUUUUUCUCAACUCCCAAAAUGUGUAUUUUCAGAGUUUGCUUUAGAUUCUAACGAAGCUCACAAAUUGAGUGUUUUCGAUGUUAAAGGGAUGCCUCAACUCUAUGAAUUCCACAACGCUUUACUUUUUACAAAUUCUGUUGCACAAAUUGCCCAUUAUUCAAUUACCCGUCAAAUUGUUCACUUUAUUUACACUGGAUUUUUGUUAAAAGUGUUUAAAUCAUCUAUUGUUGAGGUUUUUUUUAAUUUUUCGAAAAAUUUUUAUUGA